ACUCAACCAUGGUUAAUUGUUAGGUUAAGCUCACACCAGCCGCGCCACUCUCAACACAAAAAGCCAAAUCCUACCCUCCUCUCCUUCUCUGUUCCUGCUCGUGACACCAUCAUCACACUCUAUAUUCUCUUUCAUGGAGAGACGACCCUGACCUCCUUCGGUCUCCGGUGGCUGUCACUAACGAUUUGGCACAAUCUCGUCUUCAAUCGCUUCAGUUUUUGAAAGUGGUCAGGAGGUUUUUGUUUUAGAUCUUUUGAGAAUUUGGGAAGCUGUUGCUAAUUGUUAUGGCGGAAGGAGGGAAAGGCGGGGUGGUAUUGAAGCUGAUUGAUAUCGUGAGCGAGAUAUCACUGAUAUCGGAUUAUAGGUGUACGGUGAGGAAGCCGUUUUUCAAUUUAGCUCGAAGAUUGAAGCUUUUGAGUCCAUUGUUUGAAGAGAUUCGUGAUAUUAAAGACCCCCUCCCUGAUGAAUCCUACCGAUCGUUGCUUUCGUUAAUGGAGGCUUUGGAAUCUGCUAAAGAGUUGCUUCGAUUAGGGAGUCAAGCCAGCAAGAUUUAUCUGGCCCUAGAGAGGGAGGAAAUCAUGAAAAAAUAUCAAGAAGUAACAGAGCGUUUGGAACAAGAUUUAGAUGGAAUUUGUUUCGAGAAACUUGACAUAUCAGAUGAAGUAAAAGAACAGGUUGCGUUAGUUGUUGCUCAAUUCAGAAGAGCCAAAGGAAAAAACGACACGCCAGAUGUCGAACUAACUGAUGACCUGUCAUCCCUCUACAACAAGGGCAAUGACGUGGUGGCAGAUCCAGAUGUCCUAAAACGAUUAGUUGAAAAACUACAACUCACCGGAAUAAACGAUCUCACACACGAAUCAAUAACACUCCAUGAAAUGGUAUCCGCAAGUGACGGAGAUCCAGGCGAAUCCAUUGAAAAAAUGUCAAGACUCCUUAAACACAUCAAAGAUUUUGUCCAAACCGACACUCCUUCUAUCCAAGAUUCACAUUCACCCCCUCCCGGAUCCGAUUCCUCCACUUCCAACCCUCCCAAACCAAAUUCCAAAACUACCCUUAUUCCAGACGACUUCCGUUGCCCUAUUUCACUCGAGUUAAUGAAAGACCCCGUCAUUGUCUCAACCGGACAGACUUACGAGCGAACAUGUAUUGAAAAAUGGCUAGAACAAGGGCACCAAACAUGUCCGAAAACACAACAAAACCUAACAAGUACAGCGUUGAUCCCGAACUACGUCCUACGAAGCCUAAUCGCGCAAUGGUGCGAAACAAACGGAAUGGACCCACCGAAAAGAUCCGCCAGGUCAUCAUCAUCGUCGUCGUCAUCAUCCUCCGCGUGCACGCCCGCGGAACGUUCCAUGAUCAACACCCUCCUGACGAAGCUAAAAUCGAUCAGCCCGGACGACCAACGGGCAGCCGCGGCCGAAAUCCGUCUCUUGGCGAAACGAAACGCGGACAACCGCGUCGCGAUCGCGGAAGCCGGUGCGAUCCCGCUCCUCACGAAUUUGCUAACGGCGCCGGAUUCGCGCACGCAGGAACACGCGGUGACCGCGCUUUUAAACCUCUCGAUCUGCGAAGACAAUAAAGGAAACAUCGUGUCGUCCGGCGCGGUCCCGGGGAUCGUUCAUGUGCUUAAAAAAGGUAGCAUGGAAGCGAGGGAAAACGCAGCGGCGACUCUUUUUAGUCUCUCGGUGAUCGAUGAAAACAAGGUGACAAUCGGAUCAUUAGGAGCAAUUCCGCCGCUUGUGGUGUUGUUAAGUGAAGGGACACAAAGAGGGAAAAAGGAUGCGGCGACUGCGUUGUUUAAUUUGUGUAUAUAUCAAGGGAACAAAGGGAGGGCGGUGAGGGCGGGUGUGAUUUUGACUUUGAUGGAGCUUUUGACUGAGCCACAAGGCGGAAUGAAAGAUGAGGCGUUGGCGAUUUUGGCGAUAUUGUCGAGUCAUGCGGAAGGGAAAGUGGGGAUUGGGAAAGCGGAUGCGGUCCCGGUUUUGGUUGAGUUUAUUAGGAGUGGGUCCCCGAGGAAUAAAGAGAAUGCAGCGGCGGUUUUGGUGCAUUUGUGUUCGGGUGAUCAUAAGUAUUUGGUGGAGGCGCAGGAGCUUGGAGUGAUGGAGGUUCUUGUGGAUUUGCUUCAUCAUGGGACGGAUAGGGGGAAGAGAAAAGCGGGACAGUUGUUGGAGAAGAUUAACAGAUACACGGAACAACACAAGUUGUUGGGUCAGAGUAACUUACUCUUACCCUGA